UCACAUGUUCACUGAGACACUUGUGGCCCUCAUCGGGGCUGUUCACUGUAUGUUUCUGCAGCUCUGCCACACAAGUCAGAGUUAUUUUGCUGUCAAAACUGUGUCUUCACUCUUCUGGACAAAACAUUUUGUUUUGAGUUCAAGUCUGAAGACACACUGAGGAGGGAUCCCUUUCGUCUGCACUGUCCACAUGGUGCUGCUUCACUGAAGGAGAGAAAUGGAAGGAGCCUUUGAGCAGUGUGCUGAUGAGGCUCUCCGGGGUGAACAGAGACAGAUGAUUCAGCCAACGUGCCUAAAUGACCCCAAACUGAAGCGUCUGAAAGAGGUGCUGGUGGACUGGAUUAAUGCCACUCUGAAGCCAGAACACAUUGUAGUGCUGAACCUCGAGGAGGACCUGUAUGAUGGGCUGGUCUUGCAUCAUCUCUUAGGCAGACUAGCCGAUGAGCAUUUGCCGGUGGAGGAGAUUGCCGUGACGACAGAGGCCCAGGUUCGGAAGCUGGGGAUCAUUAUGGAGGUCCUCAACAACAAGCUGGGUGUCACUGAGGAGAACGCAAAAUGGAACGUUGCUCUCAUCCACAGCAAGGACCUGCUGGCCACCCUUCAUCUGCUGGUUACCAUGGUGAAGCGCCUCCAGCCUGACCUGUCGCUGCCCCCAAACGUCAGCGUGGAGGUCGUCCGCUUUGAGGUCAACAGAAGUGGAAUCAAAUCAGAUAAGCACAUCGAACACAUCACAGAGGGUCGGAGUGAUUCAGAUAAAGACUCAGGUGACAAAGUGUCAGGGGGAGGAAAAGAUUCUGACAAGCGAGACCAUAUCGAUCAGCUCAUGCUCCUUGAACCACAAAAGAUCUCUGCAUUCAAACAGGCCAUCCUUCAUUUUGUUAACAAGAAUAUGUCAUCCCUCGGUCUUCAAGUGACGGAGAUGGAGAAGCAAUUUGCAGAUGGUGUCAUGCUCCUUCUGUUGAUUGGUCAGCUGGAGGGCUUUUUCAUCCCCCUUUCCGACUUCAGCCUCAAUCCAUCAUCUGACGCUGAAAUGCUACAGAAUGUCUCUCUGGCCUUGGAAAUACUCUGUGACAGAGACAUACAAGUGGGCAGUGUUGAUCCCCAAGACAUCGUGUCCCAGGAUGUCAAGGCGACGUUGAGGGUCCUGUAUGCAUUGUUUAAGAAACACAAGAGCAAGUGAACUGGGAGAGGACUGGAGGUCAGCCGAAACCACGAAGGAGAUCUCAGCUCAUAACUCACACAGUGUUCAAUAAUACCAAGUCAAAGCAGUAUCACCAAACAAUGAAAUUGCUUUAGAUUAUGUCAUAUUUUUUAUUCUCGCUCACUCUUUUUCACCCACACCCAUUUAACACACCUCCCUCUCUAUCAUUACUGUCAGUCACACACAGACAGCACGUCCCUAUGGCCUCAACAGUAUUAUUUGAAUAUAAUAAUGAGUUUGCGCAAUGUGCCUGACGUGCUUUGCCUGUGGAGGAGGAGAGCGUGCGAGAGGCCUGGGCAGCCUAGUAAGUGGGGGAGAUUCGUCACUCACGCUGACAUUAACAAGACAGUGAGCGGCCUUAGCCACGGUGGCCAUCAAGAGAAUGGCGCUUUCCUGGAUAACAACGUUACUGACUGUCACAUAUUUCAACUCAUCUGAAUCCUCCCCCUUCAUUCUUCCAUUUGCUACCUUUGAACUAUUGCACGGGCCUCAGGGGACGGACUAUAAGAUGUGUGCCAUGUGAUAGGGUCUCCUUUGUCCUUCUGUCCAUCAAGAAAAAAAGAGCACAACUGUGAGAGCGUACGAUGGCUUUGAAAACCCCAGAGCUUUGCUGAGUGGACAUGCAGAAGUGUAAAGGUCAUGAUGAAGUCCAUGUGCUUGACCGCAGCGGUUUAACAUCUCCACCUCCCAGCCACAGUUACUAUCGACUGUAUCAGAUCAGCAUAAUGGAGCUCACUUCCAACAGUUCUGAAAGCUGUGGAGGUUUCUAGGAUCUUCCCUUUUGAAAUGUGUAUGGCCACUUCUCUUCUUCGUUCCCUUUGAAUGCCUUUAUGGUCUAUUAAUUUAUGGUGAUUUGAAAGAACAAUAUGUAAUUUACAUUUGACUGAUUCAGUACAAUGUGAAUAAAGUAUGUAUUAAUAAGAUAAA